AUGCUUAUACUAUUUUUUAUUCUAUUCACUUAUUCCACAGCAAGUCAAGUAUAUUUUCAAGGCAUUGAACUUCUUUCUGAUGUUAAUUAUACUCAAGGUUUUAGUGUAAUUCCAGCUUGUAUUUCAAGUCCAUCAUGUGUCAAAGCACCUCGAGUUCGAUUAUAUAAUCCAUUUUCUACUGCACCCAAUAAAAGUGCAUCUUGGAUUAUGGCACAAUGGGAUAGUCAUUCAAAUAUAUCUGCCGAAGGUAUUUUUGUUAAUGACGGAAGAAGUCAAGGUAUGCAAUGGUCAACAGAAGACAAACGUUUUAUAGUUUUUCAAGAUGGUCGUUUACAAUUGUCAGUAAAUGGAUUUCAUGAAUAUGGAGGCAAAUAUAAAGCACGAGAUGCUCCAUGGGUUCAUCUUCUUCUUCAGCAAGAUAUUGGAAUUGCAGGUGGAGCUGUACCAUUAGAUCAAAUAAAUGAAUUACGAUGGAAUGUUGAUGUUCAACUUUUAUAUAUGGAUCAACAUAUUCAACCAGGUUAUAAUCGAAAUCUUCAUACUGGAAUGUUUCCUCUUUAUAUGACUAUUCAAAAUUUAGUUAAAGGAGAUCCAGAAUAUGGAAAAUAUUUUUGGUUAGGACUUCCGUUAUAUGAUGAUCGUGUUCUUAUGAGUCCUUUAUAUAUAAAUGGUGAUCAAGGCACUGGUUCAUUAAUAUAUUCUCCAGCUUUUUCAAAUUUUGCUAAUAUUUCUGUACAUUCAAAACGUAUUGUACAUGUUACAGGUGAUAUGAUGCCUUUUGCUCGCUUAGGUCUUCAAGAAGCGAUAAAACGUGGCUUUUUCAAAUCAACAGAUCUUAGUAAAUAUUACGUUGGAGGAAUGAAUAUUGGUUGGGAAGUUACUGGUUUAAAUAAUGGAACAACUGAAAUCGGAAAUUUUAGUUUAAAACAAUAUACUGCGCAAAAUCCUAAAUCUUAUGAAUUUAAUUCUGAUGGAGAUACUGAAGGAUGGAAACGAGUCACUGAUUUAAAUCAAUAUACAAAUGGUCCAUUAAAUGGAAAAUGGAUCUUAUCACGUGUAGGUACUGAUCCACGAUUAUUAAGUCCGGUAAUUAUGAUUGAUACAGCAGUUGUAAAGAAAAUAAUUAUUAAAAUGUCUAAUGAUCAUUUACCAGAUGAUUCUCUUCAAUUAUUUUGGAGUACAGAUGCUACAGGAUCAUUUAAUGAAAAUAAUAGUAUUUGGAUUCAAGUGAUAAAUGAUGGAAAAUGGAGAGAAUAUAUAUUAGAUUUCUCGAAUAAUUCUAAAUGGAUUAAUAUUGUUCGUCGACUACGAAUUGAUCCUGUACGGCAAGGAGAUGGUGCUGGAUUUGGUAUUGACUAUAUCCGAUUUGCUGCUAAUUAA